AAAAGUGGAGACAAGGUUGAUGUCCGAUUAUACUACGAGUGUUUGUGUCCAUAUUGUAUAGACUUUUACACAACCGCUUUAAUCAAAACAGUAGAGAAACUUGGGCCAUACAUCGAUCUUAAAACAUAUCCUUAUGGUAACGCCGAGAGGACAGAAGAAAAUGGAAAGGUCAUUAUCGAGUGCCAGCACGGCGAGGAGGAGUGCUACGGCAACAAGCUGCACGCAUGCGCUAUAGACAUACUCAAGAAUACUACUCGUUCCGUGUCUUACAUCUCCUGUAUGAUGUCAGGACAAGGGGAAAAUUCUGGUUCAGAUGAUAAUGGCGCCACCAGAUGCGGUAAAAAAAUGGGAAUCAAUGCAAAGAAGAUUAUCAAAUGUGCUAAAGGUAAAAAAGGCGAAGAACUACUAGAAUAUUACGGGAAAGAAACCGAUAAAGAUGUUCCGGAUCGGGAAGGUGUGCCAUGGUCGCUAAUAAAUGGCAAAUAUGUCAACGGUGUAGGUGAACUGGACAAAUGGCUAGCAACAAUCUGUGCCGCUUUAGACCACCCACCGCCACAGUGUAAAAAAUUGUAAACUAAGAUUAGGUGGAACAGAUUAAUUAAGAGGAUAAACUUGAUUUCAUAAUAAAUUUAUA